UGAUUCCUUUAAAACAAAACCUUUAAAAACCGAGACCGACAUUCCAGUAUUCCUUGUAAACCAAGGAACUGAGGAAAACCAUGCUCUGAUACCAAAAUGAAACACCCUAACCCGACCGGGUACUAAUUUUACCAAAAUGCCCUUGAUGACUCAUAAACAAAAAUAAGAAACGAAAGACUUGAAAAAAAGGAAGCUUUCCAUAAAUAACCAUAAUAAAUACUGAAUGAACUGAAAUCUCUUAAAACAAAGCCCUGACACUUGGGCAAACCUCAAUCAUAGAAUCUUAAUCUGAAUCUCCCGUCACUACUCAUAAUCGUAAAUCAAUAACUAAAAAUCUACUUUGUUGUCUGCUCGGAUUCGAUCUCUGGCACCUCCAGUGAAGCUUGUACUAUCCUCCUCUAGCUGGUUUGCCUCCAACAGCUUUCUUGAUCUCGCUGCUCACUAACUGCUCCUCUAGCUGCAACUAUCGAUCUAGUUCUCGCUAAUUCCUUUACUAAGUCCUGGUGAGUGAGAUGGGGUCAGUCUACGCCUUUACGUUUUAAUAACUCUAAUACUUGAGUACUUUGCUUAAACACUUAACUUUGACUAGUGGAAGUUGUUUGUACUUCCAAUCUUAAAAUCUUAACUCUUAAACCUUGAGGGAGUUGAAGUUACUCUCCUCUCUUAAAGCUCAAAUCUUGACUUAAAUACUUGACUGACACGGGGAUCCCUCACUAGCUAGUCCGGUUGCCAACUCAUACGUAUGAGAAGCCAUCUAGGCUUUCAUUAAACUUAAACUUAGUUAGGGAAGUCGUAACGAUUCAUCCCCCUAACAUCUUAAACUUAUCGUGGUGGCUCUUCACCACGAUUCUCAAGAGCAUAACUACUACUCAUCUUAAAAGUCUCAAGAGCAUAACUGCUGCUCUAUCUCAAAAUGUCUCAAAAGGCAACAGACUGGUGCUAGUGACUAAAAACACUUAAAACGACUUCACCUUCUUGAAGGUGAGUUACUUCUUUAAAAAGAACUUGUUUCUUAAACUUCAAUAAUAACUUAUACUCAUAAAAAUUUCAAAGUAAAUAAUAACCAUUCACUUCAAGCAUAGCUCAAACAAAAUCACAUAUCAUCAACCAUAAGCACAAUCAACAACGACAAUCACCUUAUCAAAAUACUUAAAGCUCGUAAUACUUGAAAGAACACGUAAGGCGUAGAAGUUACCCCCUUUACACUCACCUCGAAAUCUUCGAAACCAACUCUGAUUCUGCUCUUAAAUUCCAUGACUCACUCCCAUUAAAUUCUCCUUGUGCUCACGAUUCCAUAGGCACCGACGUUUCCUCGUUUGGACUUCAAUUGAUUGAGUUAUGACCAAAAUAAACAUUCUAUCAGUUUAAAGUACCAGGUACCGAAAUUGAAAAUUUUCCAGUCAACAAAGUUGACCACGACCCCUCUGUAAAAUUUCCGAAACAAUCCACCAACUUUCCGAAUUGUCCAUAAUGGUACCUGAACUUGACAGUUUUUAAUCCAACCCUUAGAUGCUCGUUUCUCCCUCAUCCGACGUCAGAAUCCGAUUUCGUCGACACGGUGACGAUCCUGGUUUCGUCCUCUUUGUAUUGGUAGCCUCCAAUCGAAAAAUACUUGUACUUGAGUUUUCUGGUUUUUCUGGCGAGUUACGAGGAAGUCCCGGCGAAGGUCCGACGAGACCUCUAACUACCUCGAAAUUUGAUUCUAACUCCGAGGAACGGUUCCUUACCUUCUCUCGAGCAACACCCAAUGACCAUAAUCAUUUAUUUCCAUCUCUUUCUAAUGGCGGAUGACGUCGUGUCGCUACUUUCUUCCCAUCGCGCUUUGCUUCCAUCUUCGCUGCUGUUCCCGUUGAGCGGCCGCUACUCCUGUCGGGCGGAGGAACGAGAUGGGAGGGAGAUUGCGGUCGAGCUUGGUCGACGGGAAGAGGGAUGGCCAGACGCCUUCGUCGAGCGGCCGGGAAUUGAUCGAAGUUUGGCGUCUGUCGGGCUGGCUGCGGCGCUGGCGAGGAUGGAAGGCAACGGGAGAUGAUGGACGACACGAUUGCUUGUUCUGCUCAUGGUAAGGAGGAAAUGAGUUGGGGAAAUAAUUGGGAAAGUGGCAAUAGGAUUCCUAUUGCUUCUCUCAGUUACGUGGGCAAUUAAUGUGGGCAAUUAAAAUGAAAGGAAGAAUAAGUAACGGAAGUGAAAUAAAGAGACCGAUGGAGAGAGUGAAAUGGUGUAAUCGUAAAGUAGUUAGGGUUUUGAUUUUUUUUCUUUCUUCCUUUUUGGUGGUAACGUGGUGUGAAUCUACAAAAGAUAUAAAGGAGAUUCAUGGGUUGGGAUUGCAGCAUUUUGAAUUUCCAGCCCUUAGAGCACUUCACGGAUGGGCAUUAUUGUAAUUCCCAUGGAAUUAAAUGAGGCUGUGCGUUUUGCACCUUCCUCCGCCCAGCAACUUGACCGACCAACAUCUGGGCCAGGCCUCCUCUUAUGUUCCAAUAUAGGGGCCUGAUAUGUAACUCAAUGUGGGCCAGGCUUAUCUCCAAACCAGCGCCUCAUCCCUUCUCUUCGGAAUUUGCCAUCGUUCUUCCAGUAAUGCCGCCCAAACGAAGAGCUGUUCCUGAUCACCCAAAUGAAGGGUUGUUCUGGUCGACCAAACGCCAAGGAACAAGGUCCGGCUAAAUCCAGGUAAGGGGGAAUCUUUUGGGCGGCGGUGCUUGAUUUAGCCAUAUUCCUUGGACUUAAUUUACUUUAUUCCAAUACACGCUUUAUCUCAUA